GCUCCGUCUCCAGACCCUCCGACCCGGCCUGAGGCCCCUACGCCCGAGGAGAAAAAAGCUCUUCCGGGCGCCGUGAAGCUGCCCGGGCCCGCGGUCAAUUUAUCCGAGCUGCAGAACGUGAAGAGCGAACUACGAUGGGUCACCAAGGAAUAA